AUGGCGGAGCAGCUUGUCCAAGUACGUAACUACGCCCUUGAAGACGAGGACGAAGAUCAAACGAUCAAAAAGAUUGCGUUAUGCAGCAAACAGGUCAUAAUAGAUCCAAAGGACAAUCUACUGAACAUCUUGUACAUUUUUGAUCAGUAUGCAGAAUUUCCGGAAGUAUCUUUGCUGUCCUUGCUGAGAGUGUUCCUAGACAUCGUACCUCUCUACAAGAUUAAGACAUUGUCGAACGAGGUAAAAGACAAAACACAAAUAUCAAAGUUGAGCAAAUGGGAACAGGACUUGCUGAUGCUUUACUCCAAGUUUGUGUUUCUUGUUACGAGUAAUACGAGUGAUGUUAAUUAUAGAUGUGCAGUCGAACUCUUAAAGGAGCUAAGCCAUUUUAACUAUGUGGAGAAGCUCGUAAGUUUUGUAUUGAGGGGAACAACUGCCAAGAACGCGAUAUGUCACGAGUGCAUCUCUCGGAUAUUUAAGUCUGAUGAUUUGGAGCUAAAGUACAAGGUGCUGGUGCCCAUGUGUGACUUAAACUUCGGACCAAACAUUAUUUCCUGUUUCUUGGACAUCGAUAUUUUUGAAUUUCAGGCUGUGAAGGACGGCUUUUUCACUGGGUUUAUCUACGAAAAUGAGAAAAAAAAGAAAAAAAACAAGCGGAGAGUGUUCUGCCCACAAAGGACAGGAAGAAGAUGUCUAAGGAGGAGCGAAAAGAAGAAAAAAUUAGAAAGCAGGUUGAAAGCAGGCGGUUGGAGGAGGAGGGUGUUGUUGAUAAAGACAAAGAAAAAAAAUUGGAGCUCAAGGUUUGCAACUGUAUUCUAAGGAUAUACCUGCUUGUUUUGGAAAGAAAAAAGACGGAGCUUUACGAUGAGGUAUUUAUCGGGUUAAGAAAAUUCAAAGUAAUCGUCAAAGACAAUCUCGUGGAGGGAACUAAGCUACUUAUUAUGAAUUGUCUUGAGAGAUCGUCGGCAGGUGCUAAGUUCCUCGGAAUAUUGGCCGUGCUUGCUCUGUACGAGAAUAAGAUAGUUGAUCUAAAUAAGCUACGCGAUUACCUUUACGAUCUAUUGGAACCAGGAAUACUGAAAUUGAAGAAUUAUGAACAGAAAUUGGCAGCAAAGGCGCUCAAACACUUCUUCCUAAUGAACAAACAGUCUGUUGUGGUGGUUAGGAAAUUUAUCAAACGGUUGAUGCUACUGUGCUCUUUGGAUUAUUUGCCCUCCCUAAGUGGUGUUACAAACGAAAUGGUAGAAUAUUAUGAUCUGGAGAUGGAGGCUGGUGACUUUUACGAAUUUAGCGUUUAUCUGAAGAUGUUCUAUUGA